AUGGAUCCUCAGAAUUUCCAAACUUCGAUUACUUCCAAUGAUUUCUUUAAUGGAGGUGCAAUUGACUUGCAACUACCUCAACAAUUGAUCGACCAUCCCAUUCAACCAGGUCCAAGAUCCUACAAGUCGCGCAAGUAUCGACCUUGUGAUUUUUGUCGAGCCCGUCAAAAGAAGAGAAGGCCAAAUCUUGCAGCAAGCAAUGGUGAUCAGAGUAGUGAAUCAACAACAUCUACUUCUACUGCUCCUUUGCAACAAUAUGAUGUCUCGGCGGCCCAACUUAGUCCCAGCUUCAUCAGCCAAUAUAGCGAGCAUAGCUUCCAAAGUUUGAGCGGACAUGAUGUCUUGACUGAAUCGACUUCGUCUCCAGAUCAACAGAUCCUCGUCCAAGAUGGUUCGCCUAUAUAUAAUUUGGAUCCUUACUUGAACAUGAUGCAAAGCACACGAAUAAGGCCCCUCGAUUUUCAGCAUUCUACAAAAUCGGCAAGAUUUGUUGGGGAAAUGGGAGAACCUCCUGUGGUAUUUAUGCUAGCAGAUGAUAGUUUUGCGCAGAAAGGGGAGCCAAGGAUAAACGAUGAUAUUCUCCGUAAAGUCGAAUCAGAUCUAAGGGGCAUGUUCACAGACCAAGAAGCCCUUCGUCUUAUAGGUCUUUUCUUCCGAUUUGUAUACCCUUAUUUUCCUAUUCUAUCCAAAAGCCAAGUCUUUCAAUCACCAGCAGUACUUUCCCCUGCGAUUCUGCAUACGUUACCAUUUUCUCUGUUGUCGGCAAUAUACGCUACAGCCCUGCCAUUCAUGUUGUAUGAUGAUUUCCUCGCUACAACUCUUAUACAUUCACCUCCGACGUCACAUGAACUAUUUCGUUUGUCCUGGCUCUUCAUUCAACAGGAAUUACACAUUCCACGACUUGCAACAGUACAAGCGUGUUUAUUGUUACUACAGAGAGCUCCCACAAAUCGUUAUACAACCGAUACACCUUGGAAAACAAGUCUUGUGGGAUGGACAGUGAGUCUUGCUCAGAUUCUGGGUUUGAUGAAGGAAUGUAGUGAUUGGAGUAGUAUACCAGUCUGGGAAAUGAAUUUGAGAAAAAGACUAUGGUAUGGAGUUUAUGCUAUGGAUAAGUGGGCAUCUCUGGGAGCAGGAAUGCCAAGUCACAUACACGCUGAUGAUUUCGACGUCCUUCCGCUUGAAGACAACGAUCUUGAACCAUCAACCCCCGAUCCCAAUCAGCCCAUCACAGAAUCAGAACCCGAUUCAGAACACUUUCGGCUACUGACCGAGCUGACCGCUAUUCUCAGCGACAUUGUCGAUUCCUAUUAUACGUUGCGAGCAACACAACGCACAUCGAAAGAUUUUUCACUAUCCCUCGAACUAGCAAGACCACUUCGCACACGGCUCAAGGCUUGGAACGAUUCAUUACCUCCUUCUAUGUCUCUCCAUCAAACAGAGCAUUUAGAUUCCCACGGUCUAGCGCAAUUAAGUGGAAACCCAUCACUUUCACUCGCCUAUAUUAUCGCAACUAUGACAUUAUUUCAAGCUCUUCUCCGACCUCUCGAAAACUUAACAAGCGUAGAGGAGGACGCAACAAUAGGUAGUCGUCUAGCUGUGCGAGCCGGGGCGAGAGAAUGCGCUAAGGAGGUCGUCGAAUUCGUAGAAAAUCUUGGGAGGGGAGCUUUAGAUGCCUUUUGGCAUUCUUGGUCUCGUGCGAACUUUGCAAUAGCAUCAUCGUUUCUCAUGCAACUACUCGUCACAUCCGAAAACGAAACCGAAUCAGCAGAGAUCCACGAGCUUGUGACUCGUUGGAGAUGGGCUAUGAGAAUUGGUAGUGGUAAUGCUGGUAAUGGAAUUAUGAGUUUGGGCUUGCUGAGAUUGGAUGGGUUGCUAUUGAAGAAUGGUAGCGCCGAGGCGGGUGUAUGA